UUAAACCUAACCAGUGGCCCUUAAGUGACUUGCCACAAGAUGUCAGAACAUAUUAGUGUUAGAGCUGAGUGGGUCUAAUAUUUAUUUAAUUUUCUUUCUUGAUAUAAGAAUUAGAUACAAUGCUCCUGUCAGAUAUUGCUAAGUUAUUAUCUGGAAAAACGUUAGCGUUUUCAGUUGCCUAAGUAGCCCCUGGAGUCAUGGUUAAAAUUGUGCCCCCUGUCCAAUCUGAAAUGACACCCCUGUGGGCAGGCCCAGAAUUUGCCCCUCUCGCCACGCAUACCUCACUGGCCUAUCUGGAGCCAGCCUCCCAAAUAUAGAAGUCAAACUAUACCUAGCUGACUCUGCAAAGGUGGAAGAAGCAGGCCUGACUUCACUGAAUUCACUGCUGUUGAGCACAUGACAGGAAAACACAGAGGCUGCGGGGAGAAACUGUAGAACAACGGAAACAGACUAGCUGAUGGGUUUCUGCUCUAUGUAACAGCCCAGGCUCAGUAGUCUUAUAGUAGACCAACGUGUGAAUAAGACACUUCAGACUCCUUCCAGAUAUUUUGAAUAAUAGAAGAAGAAAUGAAUCUUGCAAAUGAUGGUGCAACGUUCAGUGCCAUUUAUGACUGGAACUAUGUUCUGUGGGAAGUUCGUUUGAAGUUACUAGCAGCUGGUUUUUUCAGCUACCUGGGAGUAUUUCUUCUAGCUCACUGGCUGUCCUCAUGGAUCAGUGCCACUUAUUGCACUUUGUCAGCAAAGCAGAAGAUCUUCUGGAAUAUGGAUAUCACACGUGGCCUGUUUGCAGUUCAGAGUUGUGGAGCUGGCUUGUGGGCCUUGCUUAUAGAUCCAGUUUUUCAAGUUGACCAAGUGUAUGCACAGCAAAAAUGGAGCUGGUUUCAUUGCUUAAUAGCCGCUGGCUACUUCUUGCUUGAAAAUGUAGUUGUUAAUGUGUCUAACAUUGUUUUCAGGAUAUUUGAUGUGUUCGAUGGAGUUCAUCAUUUAUUUGCCUUUGGUGGGCUUCUUGGUCUGAUAAUUAACAUAAAGUCUGGACACUAUCUACCCCUGAUGGGACUGCUACUUGAGAUGAAUAAUCCUUCAUACUGCAUAUCCUCUAUUCUUGCAAGGAUUGGCUGUGCUAAUACCAUUUUUUGGAAGGCAAACCAAUGGAUAAAUAUCCAUAUGCUUCACUGCCGCAUGGUCCUUAUUUAUCACAUGUGGUGGGUGUGUAUUUCCCAUUGGAAUGAUGUGGUGGAAAAUCUGGGACUUCCAUAUUUUAUUGUUUUUUUCAUGGGGUUAAGUACACUUACAUUAAUACUUAAUCCAUACUGGAUAUUCAAAUCGACUCAGCGGCUCUUUGGUCCAGUUGACAGGAAAUUUCCAAAAACAGCAGUGAAAAAUGCAUCCUAUGAAAAUUUAACUAGUGAAACAUUCCAAAAGAAGAGGAUAUAGUUCUGCAACAGCUAUUCGGGUUACAGUAAAAUAUGUCCAGGAGAAAAUGGUGCAGGUUUACUAGCCAGUCCAUGAAAAUAGAAUUGCGUACAAGAAGUCUAUGAAUGUAUUGAUCUGUUUGCAGUUUGCUAUCAGUGUACUAUACUCAUUUGUCAAAAAUGUUUUAAAAUUGUUGCUGUCCGUCUUUAAAAUACACACACACUCUUUGACUCAGUCGGAUUUAUGCCAGUAAUCUUAGUCUGGGAGCAUAAUGUAAUAAAAUCUCAUUCUGGGGGGGAGGGGCAAAUUAGUGAUAGAAAUGUAAGGGAGGUGUCAUUUGAUUCAUAAAAAUCUACAGAAUCAUAAUUUCAAUGAUGUUACUGUCUGGAGCAUGGCAGGAGGGAUUCACUGACUUUCCUCUCCCCUGCUCCCCAUCUCCAGGUCCUCCCAGUUGGUGGAAAUUUUAUGAUAGAACUUUGUCAGAAAUGGGUCAAAUUACCUAUUAUUGAAAGCCCUUUCUCCCAUGAACACAAUGGUACCAAACAUGAGAAACCCAAAACAGUUAGGUAGAUAUAUAUUGGAGAAAAUAUUGAAAUAUCAACUUUUAAAGUUGUUCUUUAACACAAGGAAGCAUUGAUUGCAUGAAAAAGACACUGACCUUUGGUAAUCCUAACAAGUUUAGUCUUGACAUGGAGGAUUGAAAAUAUUUAUUGGUCAACAUUGUCAUCAGUGUCAUUACUGUCUAGGGCUAGUGAUAGACCCGUUAUCACAUUGAUACUCAUCCAUGCCACGCUCACACAUCUCUGUAUAAGGCAGACAGCUGGCCAGACAUCAGCAAGAUGUUGAGCAUCUCGUCUUUGUGCAUGAAAUUUUGAUUAGCUGAAGGAUUGAUUUAGGAGUGCAUGGUAUUUCAUGCAUAACUGGUACAAUCAGUGCAUCCUCCAAGACCUAUCCGUCCCCAGUAAGAGAGGGUAAGUUUUAGAUGCACGCAGUCAUCCUGGAGCCAUUCCAUUGCUUGAUAAUUUGCCCUCUUGAUAGCGGACAUAAAUGCAUCCUUUGUCAAUGGCAAUUUUUCUCCAUUUUUCUUCUUUUUUUUAAAACAUCCACCAUGAAUCUCUGUAAGUGUCAUAAUGUUCAUCUUCAAAUGGUAAAUUGAGCAUAUGUACGCCUCUAGUGCAUUUACAUCCUCAUCUGUGACUGUCUCAGCCAUUGUGAGCACCUUCAGCGCAAGGACAGAGUCUUCGGAGGCUGAAUGAAAUGCCUUCCUGUAAAAUGAUCUGGUCUUUCUAGCCAGCCUCCAAGCAGUGCCACAUUCCAAAAAGGGUCUGGAAACCUGGCAAUGCGGCUGUUGAACAGGUCUAUAAAGACCCAGGUCUAGUGACACAACACAUUUUGAUUCAAUUUUGAAGAUGUAUUUGUUCAUAUAUUCCAGCUCCAUAAGGAAUGUUAACUGAACUGAGCGAUGAGUGGGGAAUAGCAUUGUUGGGAUGGUGCCAAAUUGGUGUGGCCAUACGGAAUGAACGGUGAGAGCAUAACCUGACAUAACUUAAACAUGGCUGAAGGGCUGCGGAGGAUCCUGGGAGCAGGUUCCUCUUAAGCAGAAGCAAAUUUGAUAAAAAACUGGAAAAGUCUGCGUGUACAAUCAAUAUUGAACCUAUUGGUCAGCAAAUAUGGACCCAUGCAAAAAUAAAUAUCACAUGUAUAAAGUUCUAGCAUGGAGCACAGGUCGACCUGAUUAUAGUGACCCUAGCGCAAGGACUCACACAGAGAGCCAGAGUGAAUGACUGAUGAGUAAAGGUGGGGUGAUCUUCGUUUGGUACCACCACCCCCAGCUCCUUCUAAAACACUAAUUAGGUAAAAAUUAGUCAUCACACACCCACUGGGCAUGCUUUUAAGACAUGUGACUCCUCUGAGGAAAAAGAGUAUAAGAGUCAAGCAAAGUAAAUUACUGUGUUUGGGAUUCCUUAAUUGAUGUUUGAAGAAGCAACGCUGCUCGACAGAGUAGUCAAAACUCUGUUCCGUGGGCUCGAGUAGGACUGUGAACCAGAGGGGCCUCAAGGCAACCAAGACCUUGCCUCAAGAGAAUCCGAGACAGACCAGAGGGCUGAGAAAAACAGACCAGGAGAGAAGAAGCCGUCUAUAAAAUUGGCAACCACCUUCUCUGUUUGCCAAGCAGGAACUGUGGGACCAGCGCAGGGCCUUUUUAUGUAUGUUUGUGAAAGAGAGACUCAUUAAGAGGAAUGUAUAGCUCUUAAUGUGUAGCUCUUAAUGUCUCACAUAGGAGUUAUGUGUUUAAUAUAACCCUUUACCACUUCUGUAAUUCCUUCUCAAUAAACUGUUGUGUAUUGAAGAUAA